GCUGUGUGCUCGGCGCGGGCAGCGGGAUGCGGGCGGCGGGCGGAGGGCCGGGCUGCGGCUGCAAGGGGAUCCGCUCCUGCCUGCUCUGCGAGGGGCCCGCGCCGGCCGCUCCGCCCCCGCAGGGAGAAGAUAAUUUCACUUACUGUCCAGCAACAGGCCUAGCUAAAGGAAAUGAGCACUCGGAAUUUGCUGGCUGGGCAUUCCCCUUUCCAGGGGUGUUCCUGGUGGAGGAGUUCAUUAGUGAAGAUGAAGAGUGUGAGAUAGUGGAACUGAUGGAUCGAGAUGACUGGAAACCAUCACAGUCUGGCCGAAAGAAGCAGGACUAUGGACCCAAAGUGAACUUCAAGAAGCAGAGGCUGAAAGCUGACGGCUUUACCGGUUUGCCAAGUUUCAGCAGGAAGAUCGUGGCACAAAUGAAGGCCUGCUCUGUGCUCAGUGGUUUCUUACCUGUUGAACAGUGUAACCUGGACUACACACCAGAGAGGGGUUCUGCCAUAGACCCCCACUUUGAUGACUGGUGGCUGUGGGGGGAGCGUCUGGUCAGCUUAAACUUGCUCUCCAAAACCGUGCUCUCCAUGUCCUGUGACUCAGAGGACACCAUCCAACUGUCCCCCACUUUCAGCAAAGGGGAAUUAAGCCCCCCCGGGUCUCUCACACAAACAUCAGCGUGCAGAAAUUCGGGCGAGGAGGGAGUCGAGGGCGUUGUGCCGCCGAGGCUGGUUCCCAGUAAGGAGGUGACUGUUGCUGUUCACUUGCCCCGGAGGGCGCUGGUGGUGCUGCAGGGGGACGCGCGGUACAAGUGGAAGCACGGGAUCCACCGCAAGCACAUCGAGAACCGCCGGGUCUGUGUCACGUUCAGGGAGCUCUCUGCAGAGUUCAGCGCCGGGGGAAGGCACGAGGAACUGGGCAAAGAACUGCUGGAAAUAGCUCUUUCAUUCCAAGGGAGGCCGGUGUGAUCAAGGGGAAGGCCGAGUUGCACUUUGUUAGGAAAUUUGUAAAACGAGGUGCGGAAUUUGUAUGACCCGGUUUAUUUGUGUGUGUGAGGAACCGGGUGUGUGCAGAGAGAAGCUCAAUAAAGUGGAAAUUUGACAAACAGAAAUAAGGGACUGCAAGGAAGGAGUGGGCUUCAAAGGCUAUGCUGGGCAAUGGGAGCUUUUAGGCCAAAGUCAGAAAUGAGCUGUUGUAUCCAUUAGCUGCGUUUUAACAAAAAAGCAAACAGCCAGUUUCUAAACACUGAAGUGCUUAGAGGAAAGUAAGUUAGAAUCAUUAAACUGAGCUGAAAAUCAAACAGCCCUUGACACAGUUUUAGCCCAAGCCCUGCCACAUAUUUUAACCUUUCCUGGCCCACACUUGAUACUGUCAGACGGUUUUGAGUGUUCCACCUCGCCCUGGGGGCACAACUAUCUUUUCACCCUCCUCAGAACCUUCAGAGACCAGCUCCCAGGGGAGGAAGGUAAGCAAGUAUCUCUCCACAGCUAGUACAACACACUGAGAACUAAUUAAAGUAAUUAUCCUUUGCUGA